GAACAAUUGAGCUCGUGUCUCUGAAGCACCUCAAAAGCUUUUGCAGCUCCAAGAAUUGUGCCUUUCAGUUCCCAACAUUAGAGAAAUUUGUGGUGAGUGCUGUCCCAAAUUGAAAAGUUUCUCCCAGCAAGAAGGCAUGGACACGCCAAUGUUGCAAAAGAUCUAUGUUGUACAUGAAAAAGAGAAGAUGAGAUCGUACUGGACUAACAAUUUACAACAAACGAUACAAUAUCUGUUCAAGAACAAGAUGUUUUUUGAAGGCAUGGAGGAAGUAAGUGUUUCUGAUCAUCUUGCUCAUCUACAACAACUAAUGCAAAGCAAAGGAGUUGGCCAACAAGAAAAUGUGUUCAAAAAAGGGCUACGGGAAGAAUUGUUUAACAAUUUGAAAACUUUGAAGCUGAGUGGUUGUGAGUUUGAACCAUACGCAAUUCCAUCAAAUGUUCUUUUUACUUUCAAGAACUUAAAAGAAUUGGAAGUGGAUAACUGCGAAAAAAUAAAAGGCAUUUUUGAAAUGAAUGAUACUAAGAUGAUGGGAACAUCGUUCCAACUGAAGAAGCUAACUUUGGAAGCGCUACCGAAUGUGAAACAUGUGUGGCAACCCAAAAAACAAGGAAUUCUCAGCUUCAAAAAUCUGCAAAUAGUUACCGUCAAUGAGUGUAAGGAUUUGAGAACUCUAUUUCCUAUAGCCUUGGCCAGAGAUCUUAAGAAGCUUGAGGAACUUGAUGUUAGAGAUUGUGAUGAGUUAUCCAAUAUCAUUGAAGCAGAAGAAGCUGGAACUGUUGAUGAACAUCUUGUGUUUCCUUGUUUAACUACAUUGGCAUUGUGCUAUUUGCCAAGUCUUACUGACUUCUGCUCUCAGAAGUUCACUCUGGAAUGCCCUGAGUUAAAUUGCUUUGACGUAUAUGAUUGCAAUGAUCAACUGGAGCUAUUUCAGAGUCAUCUAGAAGAAAAUCAAAACAACACUUCAACUACUAAGCAACCACUUUUCAUGAAUACAAAGGAUAUUUCCAAGAUGGAAAAUUUGACUCUGAAUUGGAGACACACUCAAGCAUUAGGUUCAUGGUUGAGAAAAUUUAAGGAUGAAAAUCUUGAGAGUUUGAAUGAACUUUACCUUCUUGAUGAUGAUGGGAAGAGUAACUGUAAUGUGCCGGUUGGAUUAUUUGAGAAGACACCCAACUUGGAAUCACUGGAAGUAAGCUAUUACUGUGAUGAAACCCUCAAAAAUAUAUUGCCCUCCCAUGAUGAUGAAGCUAAUAAUAAUAAGGAAAUUCUUGGAAAGUUGAAAGAAUUGUACCUAUUCAAAUUAAAUGAGUUGCAAUCCAUGAGUGGGGUAGAAAACUUGUCGAAGCAGCUGCGUCUAUUAGAUGUUUCUGAUUGUCCAAAAUUGACAACAAUAGUGCUACAAUCUUCCUCCAAUCUGAAAGAACUGCACAUAGAAUCAUGUGAGGCAUUGCUACGUCUAUUCACAUCUUCAACAGCGAGAAUGCUAAUACACCUUGAGGAGUUGGAAGUUGAGACUUGUGAAUCAUUGGAAGAAAUUGUGGGGGAAGAACAGCAGAAUGCUAUGACGGAAGACGACGUUAUUGAAUUUAAGCAGCUAGAGAGGAUAACCCUUCGAUCUUUGGAAAGCCUGGAAUGCUUUUAUUCAGGGAAUGCCACUUUGAAGUUACCCUCUCUCAUUCAACUGGACAUAGUGGAUUGCUCCAAGAUGAAAGUUUUCUCUCAUGGAAAUGUCAGCGUUUCUAGAAGGAUUCAAGUUUCGUACAACUCAAGUGAUGAUUUGGUCUUCCACCAUGAUCUUAAUGCUGCUGCAGUAUGGCAGUUUCUUAGUGAGGAACGUAUAGUUCUUAGUGAUGUUCCUGAUCUACAAGAAAUAUGGGCCAGUAAGGUGCCAAUCCCAGUGGAUUGCCCCAGUUGCAAGUUCCAAUACUUAGAGGUGGAUGGGUGUGAUUUUUUAUCUGAUGCAAUAAUUCCAUCUCAUUUACUUCCUCUUUUAACUAAUCUAGAAGAGUUGGUGGUGCGAAAUUGUGAUUCUGUUAAGGCAAUAUUUGAUGUCAGAGUCAAAGAUACUCCAACAUCUGAUUCAAGCACAGUGGUUAUUCCAUUGAAGAAAUUGACUUUGGAGAAAUUGCCAAUUCUGAAGCAUGUUUGGAACAAUGAUCCUAAUAAAGGAGGUCUCAACUUUCCUUAUCUGGAAGAAGUUACUAUUGAUGAAUGUAAGAGAAUAAAGCAUCUGUUUCCAGCUUCAAUUGCCGGAGAUAACCUAAGAGAAUUAGAUGUGGGAAACUGUGAAGAGAUGGAGGAGAUUGUUGCUAAAGAUGCAAAUAAAGAGCUCAUAAAGUUCCACAAGCUAGCCAAGUUAAUGCUGUUUAAUUUACCAAAAUUGAGGUGUGUUAUUAGUUCCAUGAUGCAUAUUCCAGAAGGGUGUGAAAUUUCAUCAAAUGCAUUACUACCAUCUCAUUUGCUUUCUUCCCUGAAUGAUUUGAAAGAGUUGGUGGUGAUAGACUGUGAUUCUAUUGAGGCAAUAUUUGAUGUAAAAUAUUCAUCACCAACACAAGAUCCAAACAUGAUUGACAUUCCCUUGAAGACAAUAAUUUUGGAAAACCUACCAACUUUAAGGCAUGUGUGGAACGAGGAUCCUAAAGGUGGUUUCAGGCUUCCAUUGCUAAAUGAAGUCAUUGUUAAGGAAUGUAAAUGCAUAACAAGUUUGUUUCCGGCAUCAGUUUUCAAAAAUAAGGUACGAAAAUUAGAUGUGAGAAACUGUGUGAAGCUAGAGGAAAUUGUUGGAAAAGAUGAAGCCAUAACUGCAGGGGAAGAAAAUGAUGGGGAACUUCUAAUGUUCCCUUGCUUAACCACCUUGACUCUCUGGGAAUUGCCUGCUCUAAGGUGCAUUUGGUCUGGAAUGCGAAUUCUGGAUUGGCCCGAGUUAAAAGAGUUGGAUGUUUAUCGUUGUCCAGAGCUGAAGAUGUUUGCAGCUGAUUCAGAAAAUUCUCCAUAUUCAAAACCAGAGGAUCAAGAUGGCAUUGCAACAAAUGACAAGAAUGAUGAUGCCAAUGAAGGUGACAAUGAUGAUGCUAAUGAUGGCGACAAUGAUGGUGAUGAUGAUGAUGAUGAUGAUGACGACGACGACGACGACGACGAUGGUGAUGGUGACAACAAUGACAACGAUGACAGUGUGGUGUCACCUUCAAAGAUUGUUGCUCCCCGUUUGCAACGACUCUCGCUCAACAAGGAAGACAUCAUAAUGAUUGAGCAAGGACAACUUCAAGUGGACCUCCAAAAAAUCUUAUUCCUCAAAUUGCAUAGUUUCCAUGAUGACUUACAUUCAUUUCCAGAUGAUUUCAUCUCAAAGAUUCAACUAACUGCUAUAGAACAGAUCGCAGUGGUCGAUAGUGGCUUCAAACAGAUAUUCAACUCACAAAGGCCUGAGCAUGACACACAAAAUUAUACCAAAAUUCUUUCACAGCUUAAAGGCUUGGUUCUUAGGGAUUUAUACAAGCUUGAAUCCAUAGGCUUUGAGCAAACCUGGAUGGCCCCACUUCUUGAAAAUCUUGAACACUUGAAAAUUUUGGCAUGUAAUUGUUUGAUGAACUUGGCACCAUCCACCGUCUCAUUCUCCAAACUGACUCAGUUGAAUGUAAAGGAUUGUGCAAAAUUGGAAUAUUUGUUUACAUCCUCAACUGCUAACAGUUUUGCUGAACUGAAAAGGAUGUCCUUAUCAAACUGUGAGUUGUUAGAGACAGUAAUGGUUGGAGAUGGAGACAAUGAUAAUGAAGAUGUGACGUUCCCCAAGCUCUCAUUUAUAUAUCUUGGCAACUUGCCAAAGCUUGAAAGUUUUUUCAAGGGGAAGCCAAACUUGAAUUUUCCACAGUUGCAUAAAAUUUUCAUAACUGAAUGCAAGGGUAUGCAAACUUUCUAUCAAGGUAAUGUGGUAUCACCCGAGCUACAAGGGGUGAAAGAUACAGAGGGAGAAUUUUGCCAGAGUGAUGAUCUGAAUACUGCAAUCAAACACUAUUUGAGAGGCGAAGAAGACGACAAUGACUCAACCAAGCAGGAGGAAGAAGGCGAAGAAGAAGAAGACUCUAAUUAACAUAAUCAAUGAAUCAAGGUUUCAGAUAGCAUUCUUUGUUUCAUGGAAUUCCAAAUACAGCAAGGGAGGACAAGUGGAUCACAUCAUGGCAAUAAAUAUUAAUUCUUUUCUGUUAGAGUGUGUUGUGAACUUGUGUGAUGAAUAAGUUUUCUGUAUUCCUACAGGAAGAAGUGUGAAUUGCUUUCAAGUGACAUUAAUGUGUCUUAUGAAUAAAAUUGUAUAUCAUGUACUUAUUUUUCAGAGUAUAUAAGAGGUGGGUGUGUAUGAUUUUUAAGUUAUUGAAUGUUCUUAUAAAUAAGAGUGAUUUGUAAUUCUACAGGAGUGUGAUUUUCUUUGAAGUUAUAAGUGUUGUAAAAACAGAGUUGACCAUAGCAGUAGAAGUGUUUUUACUGCAUAAGAUUGUUUUAUGAAUAAGGUUGACUUAUAUUUCUAUGAAAA